AUGGUUGAAGCAGCAGUUUCCUAUGUUACGGAACUGCUUAUUGAUCUUUUCCAAAGAAAAAUUGUUUUCCUGAGAAAUGUCCAACAAGGAGUUGAAGGAGUGCGAAAUGAGCUCAUCCGGCGAAAUGAGCUCAUCCGUAUGAAGUACUUCCUGAAAGACGCAGAUAUGAAGCAAGAGGAAGAUGAGGCCGCAACCAUCCGAAAUUGGAUAUCUGAAAUCAGAGCAGUUGCCUACCAUGCUGAGGAUGUGAUUGAAAUAUUCAUCCACCAAGUUGAGUCCCAGCAACGACAGGGUUUCUUCAUCAAAUGUGUCUUCUAUCCUAAGAAACUAUACUGUCUUUACAAAGUAGGGAAAGAGCUCGAAUUGAUUCAGACCAGAAUUCUUGAAAUAUCUAAUAGUCGUGAAAGAUAUGGCAUCAGGCCUAUUCAAGGGCUCGGAGAUGGUGAAGGUUCAAGCACAACACGCGAGAAGAUGCGUGAACUACGACGCUCCUCACCCUUGGUUGCCAAUAAGGAUGUUGUUGGUCUAGAGAAGCAUGUGAGUGCUGUCAUGUCAAUCCUUCUGAAGGAGGACAAACGGCUUCGCGUUGCUUCAAUUGUUGGUAUGGGAGGCGUUGGCAAGACAACUCUUGCCAAAGAAGUUUAUAACCAAACUCAAAUCAGAGACAAGUUUGAAAGUCGGGCAUGGCUUUAUGUAUCCCAAGAUUAUAAGCCCAUGAAGACCAUAUUCAAGGAACUCAUUUUACAACUGGCAGAUCCAGAAGAAGAUAAAGUGAAGAUACUGAAAACGAUGGACAAAUUGUCCCAGGCUGAAGCAUGGGAUCGCAUUGUUAGGUCAUUUCCCAACAACGGUAAGUCAAGUAGAUUUCUACUUACCAGCCGGAGAAGGGAGGUUGCUUUGCAUGCAGAUGCCCAUACUACACCCUACAAACUUGAAGUAUUGAAUGAAGAGGAGAGCUGGGAACUUUUUCUCAAGAAAGCACUUGCCGAGGAUAGAGAAUGUCCACGGGACUUGGUGGACGUGGGGAAAAAGAUUCUGGAAAAGUGCGACGGCUUGCCACUGGCAAUCACUGUCAUGGGAGGCCUCUUGGCUGGGAAGAAGAAGCAAAGAA